AUGAAUUUAAAAAUUUCCGAAUUUUUAGAUCAAACCAGUAAACAAAAAUACCGUGCUAUUCAUUCAGGUGUAGGAAAUACGAGUUUAAAUAAGAUUCUAGCUUGUGAAAAUUUACCUCAAAUGAGACGACAACAAUACAAAAAAUAUGAAAGUAUAGUUGGCAAAGCAAUUGAAUCUGAAGCAAGGGAUAGUUGUAAGCGAGCUGCAUCAGAAGAAAGGGAUAGAGCUCAUGCUGAUAAAAUAAUAAUUACAAAUCAUAUUUUUACACCAAUCUUUUAA